UUGACGAGAUUUUCUCCCGUUGUAUCAAAAAACUAAGGCAAAUUGUACCAACUAAUGCACCGAGUGUUCUCCACCUCCGUUGAUCUUUCCCAAUAUCGGUAUAUAACGCUGAUACGUCUUAUCUUCUCGAUCACUAAUCAAAGUCAUCGAACCGCGUGUAAUUUGAUUUUCUCCGUGUUUCGUUUGAAAUUAUUUUCACGCAUUGUCUAUUUUUAAACGAGGUCUAGGAUCGCGACAUUUAAUUCGUCGCGAAUGUUUUACAAUGUUCUCGUACAAUUCACGGUGAUUCGUCGUGUUUUCUACGAUUCCAGAGUUUCAAUUGUCCCAGUCUUUAAGUCUUUACCUACGAAUUAAUUUCUUUGUUGUUUUCCUUUUGAUUUUUACCUGUAACACAUUCAGAUAUUACAGUAGUUGUAACAGUUAUUUAUAUUGCAAAAGGAUAUAAAAUUUGUCCAUGUCAUUAAUUCACGCUUGCGUAAGUGUAUUUUUUUCUUAUGAAUUAGCGCACGAUAACGCGUAAUCUUCAUCGCUAUUGUAAUCUCGUCGUUCACGUGUACGAUCAUUAUCAUUGAUGAAUAUUGACAUUUUUUCUUGUCAAAUGAUACGCAGAUUAAUAUCUCCUAAAAGCGCAUCGUUCAUACAAUCUAAUAUUUUUUAUAACGAUUCUCAUUUUCUACACAAUCGCUUGAUUGGCGAAAAAUCAGCUUGCGCACGAUAUUUACAAUUUUGUUAGUUUGUAUGUAGAAAGAGUGUAUUUUGAGUAAACAAGCAUGAUAAUAGCACGUAAACAGUGGUAACAGCAGCUCAGAUAAAUCACUACUGAAGAUGACGUUUUUAAAUGGAUCAAAGCUACAAAAUCCCCAAUUCGCGUCAUGAAUAUUAAAUCGAUCGAAGACAAUCAGGUGGAUUUCAUCAAUUAGGCAAUCAUUCGUCGUUUUGCUGGUUCGAUCGUGAAGUUUCCAAAAUGCACGACCCAGUGUCGUGAUCGAUGAUGAAAUUUGUUUGAAGUAAAAUAUUCUCCAGUAUAUCAGAAUACUUCGUAGUAGUUCGUAGAUUCUGUGAAGAUUAAUCUAUCACGAGUAAAUAGCUCGAUCAAAGGUUCUUUAAUUGAUAGACAAUCGUGGACACUAAAUAUUUGAUGUAUGGUCGCUACACGAAAGACCUGGGUGAGUACGCAAAAGAAGAGGCACGAAAGCUGAAGUACCACGACAAAGCGCGGCGAAAGUAUGACAAGACUAGAGCGGAGGAUCUACGAAAGUCGAGGAGAGGACCACUAUGCAGGAAGUUGCUCGCGUUAUUGGCCUUCGCCUGGAAGCACACUGGAGCUAGAUUAGGCGAAGACUGGGUCUUCUUGGCUCUUCUUGGUAUAAUCAUGGCGCUUAUCAGUUACGCCAUGGACCGUGGCAUUUCUAUGUGCAACAACGCCAGGAUAUGGCUUUAUCAGGACCUGACGCAUCAUCCAGCGCUUCAAUAUCUCGCCUGGGUGUCUUUGCCAGUUUGCUUGAUUCUCUUUAGCGCCGGAUUCGUGCACAUCGUUGCACCACAGAGCAUAGGAUCAGGCAUUCCAGAGAUGAAGACGAUUCUACGCGGAGUGGCCUUGAAGGAGUACCUGACCUUUCGUACUCUUGUAGCGAAGGUGAUAGGUCUGACUGCCACAUUGGGCUCUGGUUUACCGCUGGGCAAGGAAGGUCCUUUCGUGCACAUCGCUAGUAUCGUGGCCACGCUUUUAUCCAAAUUGGUCACCAGUUUCCAAGGAAUCUACGAGAACGAGAGCAGAAACUGUGAGAUGCUCGCAGCAGCCUGCGCUGUUGGAGUUGCCGCCUGUUUCGCAGCACCGAUAGGUGGAGUUCUCUUCAGCAUCGAAGUAACCACCGUGUAUUUCGCCGUUCGAAAUUACUGGAGAGGAUUCUUCGCAGCCGUAUGCGGCGCCACGAUGUUUCGAUUGCUCGCGAUCUGGUUUCAACGAGAGGAAACGAUUACCGCGAUGUUCGCAACGAAUUUUACUAUGGACUUCCCCUUCGAUCCUCAGGAAUUGUUUGUAUUUGCCUUGAUCGGUGUUGGCAGCGGUCUAGGAGGUGCUUUCUACGUCUGGUUGCAUAGACAGUAUGUGAUCUUCAUGAGGAAGAACAAGAGUAUGAACAGCUUCCUGCAGAAAAAUCGCUUCUUGUAUCCUGGAAUCGUCUCCCUGAUCGUGUCCUCCGUGUCUUUUCCCUUGGGACUAGGCCAGUUCAUGGCCGGUGAUUUAAACACCCACGAUCAAGUUUACGGUCUGUUCACCAAUUUCACUUGGACCAAACAAGAAUUAGGAGUAGAAGAAAUGAACAUGGUUAAACAUUGGUCUACCAUAUACACUGAUGUGUUCAUCGGUUUAAUUAGUUUCGUUGCAUUCACGUUCAUCUUUUCGAUCAUAAGUUCGACGGUUCCCGUGCCAUCGGGAAUCUUCAUCCCCGUGUUCAAAAUCGGUGCUGCAUUAGGCAGAGCUGUGGGUGAAGCCAUGGCUCUAUGGUUCCCCAAUGGUGUUCGAUAUGGUGGUAUCAUAACUCCUAUCGUACCAGGAGGCUACGCCACCGUUGGAGCAGCUGCAUUUUCCGGUGCUGUGACCCAUACAAUCUCUGUGAGUGUAAUCGUGUUUGAGAUGACUGGCCAGAUUACUCACAUUGUUCCUAUAAUGAUCGCCGUGCUGAUCAGCAACGCCAUCGCUGCGCUUCUUCAACCCAGCAUAUACGACAGUAUCAUUCUGAUUAAGAAGCUGCCAUACUUACCAGACCUACUACCUUCCAGUUCAGGCAUGUACAAUGUGUACGUCGAAGACUUUAUGGUUCGUGAUGUGAAGAAUAUUUGGCACGGAAUUACCUAUCAGAAAUUAAAGGAAAUUUUAAAAGAAAACCGCAAGUUACGUGGAUUUCCUCUGGUCGAUAAUCCUGAUUCUAUGAUUCUGCUUGGAUCUAUCCAAAGGUUGGAAUUAAUCAAACUGAUUGAGAAACAUAUUGGACGAGAGAGGAGGCUGCAGGUAGUCAUCGUAGUGGCCCAGAAAUGGCACAAAGAGGCGGAGGAGAGAGCUCGAGAAGAAAUGGAACGUCAGUUAAGGGACCAGGAAAGAACAAGGAGACCGUCCAGGUUCGAAGUGAUUCCGGCACCAGAUAUUCUUAAGAUGCAGAGGCAAAGUGUUAACGAUCUAACAAUGUCUCCAAACAACGCUGCCGCUCCUGACCAUCACACUUACCAUUCCCCGGUAUUUGGGUCACAACCGAAGAAAUCGAUCUUAAAGAAAACCAAUUCCUUCACGUUGAAAGGAUUCAGCCCACUAGUCAGCCCCGCCGUUACUCCUUAUACCACUGUCACUGGUGCGGAGAGCAGAAUACGCCUUGCCUUCGAGGCGAUUUUUCGCAAGUCAGCCACUUUGCAAGAUGUAGAUCCAGAUCCAGAGAUCGGAUCUGGAGGUGCUAUCAGACGUGACAGUCAAGACGUACCUCCUCAUACCCCGAUGCUGGCACCGAGCCCCGCCACUUCGAAGAAAGUACAACUGCCUCGCGAGAGGGUAAUAGACAUGUCAGCAGAGGAUCAGAAACGGUGGGAAGAAAGUGAAAUGAUGUUGGAGGUCGACUUCUCGAGGUGUCACAUCGAUCCAGCACCGUUCCAAUUGGUUGAGCGAACGUCUUUGUUGAAAGUCCACAGUCUAUUCAGCAUGGUCGGAGUGAAUCAUGCUUACGUGACGGCUAUUGGAAGACUGGUUGGGGUUGUAGGAUUGAAAGAGCUGAGGAAAGCGAUAGAAGACGCAAACGCUGGAAUCUUGCCUAUGCACUCGGAAUCUCAUAUAGGCGUCUCGACAUCCAGUAUCGCGAAGAGCGAAACGGACACGGAAAGCAAGAACGUCAGCACGAUGAACUCUAUCGUUUCCGUUGAUUGCGAGAAAGUUGAAAAAGUCUGAGUGAAGGAGGGAGAAAAGGAGUGAAAGACGUGGGAGAGAAUGAGCGAGAGAGAGAUAAGUAGAAGCAAAAAUGUGAUAGUCGUAUUGUCAGGAUCGGCAAUAUGACCCGAACGAGAGACGUGUUUUCCUUUUAUUUUUCUUUUUUAAUAAAAUAUUCCCUUUCUUCCGUGAGCGUAGAAUACUCCCCGUGAAGUUCGAGCAACAAAUUGUACUCCUAGCCGCUUGCGUAGUUACGCUCGCUUUUGAACAUCUCUCGUACUUAAUCUCGGGACAAGACCAUCGUGCAGGGCGAACAAUUCUCAAGGCUUUCCACAACGUGACAGGCGUUCGAUAUCGAACGUGUCGUCCUGUAUUAAACUUGAAAAUUGGUAAACGAUUUGGCAAUUGUUGCUUGUGGUUUUCUCUGCGCGUAGAAGGAAGCUUUCGGUACCGAAGAUUCGUAUCAGGGUCUGUCAAGUUUUCCUGCUUUUUUUCUUUUAACUGAAUUCCUUUUUGCACGCGUGAUUCCUUUUCCGAUUAUCCCAUAAUCAUGUAGAAACAGAGAAAGGGAGAGAGUGAGAGUUACCACAUGCGUAUUUGAGAAUGAAUGGUUGUGACGCGUUAAUAUAACUCUUUGACUUGGUGAUAUCAGUGCUCAGAGGAACAUCCUCCUGUCCAAUGGCUUGGACGCGAACCAUGCCUUGUUGAAAUGUUGAAGCUUCUCGAGAACUAUGUAUGUAUUUUAAAACGUGGUGCUCCAAUGAAUCCCGACGAAUGGUUUCGCCUUUUAAGAAAUAUGCUGUGAAUCGCGUGUCUGUAUUUAGUGGCCAGCAACGCGAGUCAUAAACGUGAUCACUAAUGUAUUAUGUUUUAAGGAACCGGGCAUACUCUGUAACUUGUGACAAGCGUGAUUUUAUCGAGUUAAUUAUUUAAGAAAGCAUUCGUGGCUCGCGUUGAGUGCUCCUGUAGUGUCUAAUUUUAUGACUAUGGUUGUGCCAACCCUAUUUAUUGUAAUCUUUAACUCUAAGUACAUGAAACUUAUUAAGUCAUGAUAGGUCUAUUCGCACGAACGUGCUCAAGAGGAUCUUCUAAAAGAUUUGAUUAAAUUUUGCAGUACUGUGCGCAUAGAUUAUUUUUACGAAUUAAGAUCAACUUAUUCGCCUUGCUGUUCUGUUAUAUCGAACCAAAGGACAUACGGACAGCCUAAAUCGAUAUUUUCGUUGCCAGAAUUUAUUUGUUUCACUUGAUGAGACACCCGAUAUCGCGUUUAUGAUAGUAGAUUAUUUUAACAAGAACGUAGCGUAAUUUUAAACGAUGUCUUAAUUAAUUGUUGUAAAGGUAUCUAGGACCAGAAACUGGAUGUUCUGUGGAUUGAUACGACGGACCGGAUAUUUGUGGAUAUUAAUUUAAGGACAAUGUUUGAGUAGGGCAUUUUACAUUCCAUCUGACAAAUAUUCUCACGAUGCAUCCCAUUUUAUUGUAAAUUUAUUUGCGUUAUACGUCAUCGAAGCUUUAUGCAAAACAUUAAUCGCCAAAUAUAAGUACACUGUACAAUCGGGAGAAGACAUUAAAUAAUUUAUUAUAUUAUAUA